AUGUCGACUCCCCGCGGAAGCAAGCGACAGAGAUCUGUCACGCCUCCUCCAGGGCCAACACCGGCGCGCAGACUUUCCCAGUCAUCUUCGCUACCCCCAUCGUCACCACCUGCACCAUUCUCCGACACGGACGACAGCUUAGACGAGAGAGACCCAAUACGCGACGCGGAGGGAGCCGAUGAUGAUGAGGAAGGAGAAGAUCUAUUCGGCCAAACACUCGAAGAUGAUUACACGGGCAAUGAUAUUCUUGACACAUACUCCGACACUGGGCUGAACGACGAUGAAGAAGCAGAGGAGCUAACGGCUGCUGGUCGACGCGCUGCUGAAAUGAAGAUGGCUCGAAGAGAUCGGUUGGAGAGUCAAGGAAAGCGAGGCAAUCGCGCUCUGCGACGUAGUCGUGCGCCUGCCUUCCUAGGCAGUGACGGCAUGGACGAAGAUGAUGAGCUAGACGACGAGUUAGGGAUCUCGCGAAUGAAAAGACGAACAAGAAGGCAGUAUGAUGAGCGACGAGACCUAGAUGAUAUGGAUGGUGUUGAAGAUGAACUACCCUUAGAACAACUCAGUGAUAUAAAGGCCAAAUCCAUUGUCGAGUGGAUCGCCAAUGAACGCGUCCGAAGAUCAAUAAUAAAGCAUUUCAGACAGUUCCUGAUGACAUACGUCGAUGAACAUGGUUCCUCAGUUUACGGCCAACGAAUUCGUAACCUCGGUGAAACCAACUCUGAGUCCCUCGAAGUUUCCUAUCUACACCUUGCGCUUUCCAAACCUAUCCUUGCUUACUUCCUCACCAACGCACCCACCGCCAUGCUCACAAUAUUCGAUCAAGUCGCGCUCGACGCCAUCUUGGUCUACUACCCUGCUUACGAACGAAUCCACUCGGAAGUCCACGUCAGGAUCUCUGACUUACCUCUCAGCCUCUCACUUCGCGAUCUCCGUCGCGCAAAUCUCAAUAAUUUGGUCCGUGUAUCUGGCGUGGUCACUCGAAGGAGUGGCGUCUUCCCGCAAUUAAAGUACGUCAAAUUCGACUGCAAAAAAUGUGGCGCCGUCCUUGGACCGUUCUAUCAAGACGCGACGAGGGAAGUCAAGAUCAGUUACUGUGCCAAUUGCGAAUCGAAAGGUCCAUUCCCCGUGAACUCGGAGCAGACCGUGUACAGAAAUUAUCAGAAGAUGACGCUGCAAGAGUCUCCAGGAUCAGUACCUGCGGGUCGUCUACCGAGGCACCGCGAGGUAGUUCUCUUAUGGGAUCUCAUCGACAGUGCUAAGCCUGGUGAAGAAGUUGAGAUCACAGGCGUGUAUCGCAAUAACUUCGAUGCGUCUCUCAACUCCAAGAACGGAUUCCCCGUCUUCUCAACGGUCAUCGAAGCUAACCAUGUCAACAAGAAGGAAGACCUUUUCGCCGCCUUCCGCCUCACCGAAGAGGACGAGCGAGAGAUUCGAUUGCUUGCUCGCGAUGAACGGAUACGAAAGCGAAUCAUCAAGUCGAUCGCACCCUCCAUCUACGGACACGAAGACAUCAAAACCGCUAUCGCCGUGUCUCUAUUUGGCGGUGUCCCUAAGAACGUCAACCACAAGCACCCUAUUAGAGGAGAUAUCAACGUGUUGCUUCUCGGUGAUCCCGGUACCGCCAAAUCGCAGUUCCUGAAAUACGUCGAGAAGACGGCUCAUCGAUCAGUCUUCGCCACGGGCCAGGGCGCUUCCGCUGUCGGUCUGACCGCUAGCGUCAGGAAAGAUCCAGUAACACGCGAAUGGACCUUGGAAGGCGGCGCUUUGGUGCUCGCGGACAAAGGAACCUGCCUGAUUGACGAGUUCGACAAGAUGAACGACGCGGACCGGACGUCUAUCCACGAAGCUAUGGAACAGCAAUCUAUAUCGAUCUCGAAGGCGGGGAUUGUGACUACGCUCCAGGCGAGAUGCGCCAUUAUCGCUGCAGCCAAUCCGAUCCGAGGGCGAUACAACCCAACGAUACCCUUCUCGGCGAACGUCGAGCUGACGGAGCCGAUUCUAUCCCGUUUCGACGUGUUGUGUGUCGUGAAGGAUGGUGUAGAUCCUGUGGCGGAUGAGCUCCUCGCCAGAUUUGUUGUAGGGAGUCAUGUCAGAAGCCACCCAGGCUUUGACAAAGAGAAGGAAGAAAUGGGAGUCGGAACGACUGUUGAUGCCGAUCUCAUCCCGCAAGAUGUUCUUAAGAAAUAUAUCAUGUACGCUAGAGAGAAGAUCAAGCCUAAAUUAUACGAUAUCGACCAAGAGAAGAUGUCGAAGCUGUUCUCAGACUUGCGACGCGAGUCCCUCGCCACCGGGUCGUACCCCAUCACUGUCCGUCACCUGGAAAGUAUGAUUCGAAUGGCGGAGGCCUCGGCAAAGAUGGCUCUCCGCGAAUACGUCAGAGCGGACGACAUCGACCUUGCCAUCGAAGUCGCCGUAGGAAGCUUCGUGAGCGCGCAGAAGAUGAGUAUCAAGAAGACUUUGCAGAGAGGCUUCAGGAAAUACUUAACGCAAUCGAGAGACCACGAAGAGUUGUUGGCAUUCGUUCUCGGGCAGCUGAUCAAGGAAAAGGCUCGAUACUACCAACUGCAACAUCAUUCCCAGCCAGAGCUGGUCACUGUAAAAGUCUCCGAGCUAGAAGAACGCGCCAAAGAACACGACAUCUUCGAUUGCUCGCCAUUCAUGCGAUCGAAGUUGUUCGCUACGAAUGGCUACAAGCUGAAUGACGGGGUAAUCGAGAAGAGGUUCAAGAUGGAUUGA